CCGCCUGCUGUACCAGCACAACUUGGAUACACAUGUAUUGCUCAAACACGCCAGCUUUUUAUUAACUCAGAUAGGGAAGGGUAGUGAAGGGCAGAAAGCAGGUGACUGGCAUUCAUGUGUCAAAACGUCUUUGCAGCCAUUUUCUCUCCUGAAGCCUGAGGAUCUGAGAGGCAGGUUGGUUUUGGUGUGAGUGAGUGUCAUCUUACAUCCCGCGAUCAGUCUGUGAGCGCUGGAGACACGGCAGUCAACUGCGGGGCGGCAACGUUGAAUGGAAAGAACAUGGGGUCAGAUGAGGCAUACAACUUUGUCUUUAAGGUGGUUCUGGUUGGUGAAUCUGGUGUAGGAAAGAGCAACCUGUUGUCCCGCUUCACCAAAAACGAGUUCAACCAUGACACUCGUACAACCAUCGGGGUGGAGUUCAGCACACGGACAGUGCAGCUCAGCGGCGUCACCAUUAAGGCCCAGAUCUGGGACACGGCCGGGCUGGAGCGAUACCGGGCCAUCACUUCUGCAUAUUACAGAGGUGCUGUUGGAGCCAUGCUGGUCUAUGACGUCACCAAACACCUCACCUAUGAGAGUGUGGAGCGCUGGCUGAAGGAGCUGUACGACCACGCUGACCCCCAUGUUGUGGUCAUGCUGGUGGGCAACAAAACUGACCUGGAGUCAGAGAGAUCUGUGCCAACAGAGGAGGCCAAAGACUUUGCAGAAAAGAAAGGUAUUUUGUUCGUGGAGACCUCGGCCUUGGAGUCAACUAACGUGGAAGCAGCGUUCAACAAUGUUCUAGCAGAGAUUCACAGGAAAGUGAACAGUAAGGAAGUGGUUCGAGGCUCCAUCAAUGCCGUGUCCCUGAACAGCUCCAAAGCAGAAAACACAGAGGAGAAUAAGCCCUGCUGCAGGAACAUCUGAUCACAUCAUCCUUUAGAAGCCCAGGGGGGCCGUGGUGGGUGGCAGGUGAACUCCUCCUUCACCCACAACCCUGUGCUAGAGCUUGACAAGAGGCAGGCAACAUAGCAGUGGUGGGUACCAAUAUUAACGGUCCUGGCUUAAGUGAUGCCACUCUGAAAUGACUGAUUUACAAGUUGUACAAGCAGCACGGUGGCAGGGUGUAUUCAAAAGAUGAUCGAUGAAUGUCAAUGAAUGUAGCUGGAAACCAGUAUCAGUCUUUUGAGAGUCCUUGCUGACCACUGAACAUACAGUAUGUGAAAGCUUAACUGUGUUACCUGUAAGAUAUUAUAUUUAUAAUCCAUGCAGAAACCUGGAAAAAUCAGGGUAUGUGUAAUGUUUUAAGAGUAAAUGCCACUUGACUGUUUUAUGUUUUGUUCAAAUCAACGACUUGGUUGGUGGAAAAUAUUUUAUGUACUGACUGUGACUCUUGCUGCCAUUGAUGUGCCUGAGCUCAAGCUGAUGAUCUGUGAUGAGACUGAAUGCAUUUCUGUUGAGACAUAAAUGAUUAAUGGAGACAGUUAGCCUGAUGCGUGUCAUGUGUGUCUUACAACAAUAACAUUUUCAAGUAAUUAAAAAUACCAGGUUAGCAGGGUUUACCACCUCGGCAGUUACUCAGUUCAAAUGAAAUGCUAGUUGUCGAUCACAACACCAAACACUACAAAAUUGAAAAAUGAUUUCCUGUGGUGAGCUCAAAUCUCUGGAAAACACUCUAUUGUUUUAUGAGUCAAAGUGAUAAAGUUUAUUUAGCCACGGUCUGUUUCUGACCCAGGCCUCUCUCAAACUGUUUGAGGCUUAGAUGCCUCAUAACCUGGUUCAUAACCUUACAGGAACUCCAUAAUGAGGUCUGGAAAUCCUGGAGACCUCAACAUUAAAAAAUAUGAAGAUGCAAAGAUGUAGAAGACGUUCUGAGAUAAAACGGAAAUCAUUUUUAGAUGCACAGUAGCAAAUCCACCGGAAAUAAUAAGUCAGAGGUGGGAAACCUUUUCAUGCAUGAUAUCUUCUUUUUCCUCUGCAUGGGCUGAGAUAAUUAACUGACCCAAUUAAUGUUGACUAACCCUGCCAGAAAGAUGCGUGCAGUGAAUGAGUACACUGACCUCUUAAAAGAGGUGGGGUGAUAUGACAAAAAAGAUGCUUCCUUCCUGCGUCAAAGUGAAUGACAGUGAAACCAAACCAGCCGUCACUUUUAUGAGACGUGAGUGGAUGACCUGAUAAAAGAAGGGAGCAAACAAGAGUUGAACCAGUAAUGGCCUUUAAUCAAACACUGGAUAUCAGCUGGUCUGUGUUAUCCGUGUCUGAUAUAAGGAAAGUUCCUGCCUGACCACGAAAACAUGGAAACAGUGUGUAAAAACCAUACCAUAUAGCUCCCUGCCUGGCCCUACCCGCGGAUACAGCCCAUAGGAGUGUAUCAGCAGUAAGCCGAUACCUUUGUGGGCCCUGGGCUCGUUUUUUACAGGACAGUGUCGUAAUAGCAGUAAAAUUGUAUUUUAUUGAUGUGUUCAGACAUUGACUCAUUAAAUACUUAAGGUUGUGUCAGGGACUUUCCCACUCUGCCAAGUGUUUAAUAGUGAGAAAUACCGAUAAAUGUAUAUCAUUACUGUUUAGACUAUGUAUUAUUAUUUUGUUUUUACUCUAUAAUGUAGUUUUAAUGCAUAGAAAGGUUUAUCAGGAUUAUAAAUAUGGUACAUUUGUUCCUAUCUCAUGCAUGUAUAUCCCACAUUUCAAGAUCUGUAUCUUAGAAUCUAACAUUUCUUUUCAUGUAAUAAAGAUGAUGGAGUGACAAUAUUUUUGUCUAAAUAGGCUAAGUAUAAACUGAACUUUGUGAGUCACCUUGUGUGGUUUAAGCAUUGACUUUAAAUAUGUGUGAGUAGGGGAGAACGAUUUCAAAGUCUGUGGUAUUUUAUACCUUGUUAACCUGCUUUCAAUGUUUGGGAUGUACCAAAUCCAUACCAGCAAAUUCCUCAACCAAAAACCAAACUUCACUGUAUUCAGUGCCACUUCGAGUAUAGAUCUGGACACACUGAAACUAAGUCAGAAACGACAAAACCUUCUGUAGUUAGGUGUCAGAUGCCUACAUUGGGUAGCUUGUAUCCUGUUUUCUCUGCGUCUUUGCUGCAAAUUCUGUUCUCUCAACAAAGACUUACAGUAUUUAAACACAGGUUGCAUGAAAAAUAUAAAAGAACGCAAUAUUUCAACUUGAAAUGGUUAAAUUUUCAUUCAACACUGGCACAAAAUGUUUGCUCACAGGGAACUGGGGAUGGUAUCAUCCUUGAAAAAAAGAGAUCUAACAUCAAUCAGUGGGAGUCCCUGUAUCUUAUUUUGAGAUCCACUAAAGAAAACUAUUUGUAAAAAAUAAGGGUUAAUCAAAUCUAGAAGGCUGAUUUUGAUUAACCCUUUUUUUUUUGACACUGGCUUUGGUCUGUUCUUGUUUGGGAUCCCACUGACCCCAGUGAUGCAUGUGUAAACGUAAUGACUGCAAAAUCAUUAUUGUAGAAAGUUAUUAAAACCUCUGGUUUUCCCCAAACUUUUGCACAUUUGAUGACGAGAGCCGAGGUCCCGCCUCACAUCCACUUUACCCCUUAUCCUGGUGCAGAAAGUUACGUGGGUGUGGGGCAGGAUAUCAAAUCUUCUGGGCCGCUCUUUGGUCAACACUGUGGCAGCGAAGGGGUUUAGCCUGGGCUCCUCCGGUUUCCUCCCGCAUUUCUCUUUAAUUUGUUUCAGUGAAU